UCUUUCUCUCCAUUUUUGUCUCUCACUCAAGCUUCCCAUCGCCGCUUGCCUUUGCGGCUCCAUCGCCAUCGCCAGUGCAGCAGCAGCUUCAGCCUUCAGUCGGGCGGCGUUACAUUUCCAAUAAGAAACAGAAAAUAGGGCGCGAGAGUAGAAGAUGGGGCUGUGGCUGGACCCUCUUCCGCGCGGGCAGCUAGCAACUAGCGCUUGCUUCUUCGUCGCCGGUGUCUCGUUCUUCGCCGUCGGAGCUUACUUCUCCUAUCUCAACAUCGCCCCUCAGCAAGCCCGAACCAAGGCUCGCGACGACUUUGUCAAGGAACGCUUGAGAAAGCGUCACCACGAUUGAUUAACGUCGCUCCAUUUCUUCCGAUCAGCAUCCUCCUCAUGUUUUUAUGUUCAAUUUCAUUCUCAGGCAUCGAUAAUAUCUGUGGAUUAUAAUUGAAAUUGCCUCUUAUUAUGAGGUGAGCUUUGAUGUUGAGUUGUUCCUCUGAUUCUUUAACUAUUUGGCUUAUGUGUUUACAUUUUGAGUUGUUUUCAAGACCAUUUCUGUUUUACAGUGCCAUUUCUGAACUUUCUUUGUCCAUUUAGAUCAUCUACGUUUCUCUGUUUUUAGAAUGUGCCUAUUCAUUUAAUUGUUUAAGAACACAGUCUCACUGCCUCAAAAUCCGUGGCUGUAUGUGUUCAACGAUCAAUUUGAAAGACCUCACGGUCUUAGCAAUCCAAUUUCGUACAGCUAAGAUUCUCUGAUUCCCCCCCUCUUCAAGAACGGAAGGAUGAAAUUGUGGAGUGGCUUUGAUUUCCUGGCUCUUCAAUUUCCAUCGCCAGGU